AGUUUCACUUGUUGUGGUGUACUUUAAAUCGGAAUCAGCGCACGGAGGACAGCAUGAUUUUUGUAGGUGUAAUUCUCUGUUUGGUUAUCGUUGUGGAUUCUAGUCCUUUGGUCAAUCCUSGUGGUGCAGAUGACGACAAACAGGAUGGAAUCCUCGACACAAUCAUAAAAGUCAAUAAAGACAACGAUGUCAUCAACUUGUAUGAAGGAGAUAUUGCAUUAUCUCUUCGCGACAAUGUCGAUCUACGUGAAACAGGCGAUGUAGACGGGCCACUCCCUGGUUCUCAAAUAGCUAAGAAAAAUGCUGUUAGAUCAAGAGAAGUACUUUGGAAAAACAAAAUAGUACCCUAUGAAAUCCAAGUCCCCGCCGACUACAAGCCGACUAUAAACGCUGCUAUUGAUGAGUUUCACAAGAAAACAUGCAUUCGAUUUGUACCUCGUACCAAUGAAAAACAUUGGAUCAGGUUCAUUCAAAGUCGAGGGUGCUGGUCGUCUGUUGGUAUGAAAUACUGGCAAGUAAAUAAAGGMCAGGAUUUAUCGCUUGGUCGGGGUUGUAAUCAUAAGGGAAUCAUUAUGCAUGAGCUACUACACGCCUUGGGGUUUUGGCACGAACAAUCACGACCUGAUAGGAAUCAAUACGUUGAGGUUUUGUGGGAAAAUAUCAGAGCAGGCAGAGAACACAAUUUUAACAAGUACAGCCACGGUAGAAUCGAUACUUUAAAGAGAGCAUAUGAUAUGAAUAGUAUCAUGCACUAUGGAAACAAAGCGUUCUCCAAGAAUGGCAAACCUACACUGCUUGGCAUUGGACAAAAUAAAAAUAAAAAACUUGGUCAGCGGAAUGGCUUCACAGCGACGGACAUCUUUGAAGUCMAUGCCUUAUAUGACUGCAAAGGUUCGUCGUCCAAAGGYUGGAGUUCAUGGAGCGGCUAUGGACCAUGUUACAGCAAUUGUAARAAAAUACGUCAAAGAUUCUGUACUUCUAUUAAUAAGACCGAGUGUCCUGGUGCUAACAAACAUGGUAUACAGAAUCAAUAUAAAGUUUGUCCUGCUUCUGAAUGCUAUGCCCCUGUUGAUGGCCAUUGGGGAAGAUGGUCUUCAUGGAGCCAAUGYAGUGUAACUUGUGGCAGCGGUAGUCAUACAAGAACACGACUGUGUAAUGAUCCUCAACCCAAGAAUGGAGGUAAAGCUUGUGUCGGAAGCAACAAAGGGACGGGAAAAUGUGAACAACGAAGGUGUGGACUAGGUCGUGAUGAYUGCGAGUUUGAAGUAGAUGCGUGYAUGUGGUCUCAAGAAAAUCCCAGAAACGCUUACCGAUGGUAUCGCCAAUCAGGAAAAACGACCAGCCAAGAUACAGGACCGAAUGGCGAUGUUUCAAUCAACAAAGGCGGUAAAGGGAUUUAYGUCUAUGCCGAGGCUUCAUCUCCGGUUAAGGCAGGUCAAGUCGCCAAGCUCCAAAGUAAAGUGUUACCCUCUGUUCCUAAUGGACGGUGUAUUCAGUUUGCCUAUAGUAUGUAUGGAUCUGGUAUUGGAGCUUUGAAUGUCUAUGUCAUUGAYGCUAAGAAUGGAGCAAAGUCAAAGAUAUUUUCAAAGUCAGGUGAUCAAGGACAAGGAUGGCGUAAAACUAAUGCAACUAUUGACAGUAUGCAUGACUAUAAG